UAUGUGGAUUGUGUAUUAAAAAUCCGUGAGAGUAGGUUAGGUUAUGUCGGAUUUGCUUGAAGCGUUACGGCUAUCUUUUUCCAUUUACUUUACAAUUAAUAAAUUGCAUGUUUUUGUUUAGCGUCAAUUAUGGCAGACUCGUCUAAAAGUGGAAAUCCUCUUUUCUUAAAAAGUAAAUCAUUACAAUGUAAAAACUUGCACGAUUAUUUAAAAACAUUGCCAAAGGAAGUCUUAGAAAGACUCUACAACCACCCAACAACUUGUUUAGCUGUGUACAGGGAGCUUCCGGCAAUAGCCAAGCAUUACGUGAUCAGGUUAUUGUUUGUUGAACAACCUGUUCCUCAGGCAGUGAUUGCAUCGUGGGUUUCCCAGGCUUAUGCAAAAGACCACAACGAGGUGACAAAGGUUCUCUGUGAACUGAGGAUAUGGCAGGAGGCUUCCAUUCCGGGUGGAUUAGCGGGUUGGUCUCUCAACCCCACCUUCAAGAAGAAUGCUAAAAUCGCUAUUAAUGGAGGAGGUAAACCAUCUGCAUUGUCUACCCAAUUGGAGGCUGGCCCCAAGUUCCGAGAUAUCAGCUACUUGGACAAGUAUGCUAUGGAACGUUGGGAGUGUAUACUGUACUAUGUGGUGGUUUAUGCAUAUGUCUGUUUCUAUAGAGGUAAACCAUCUGCAUUGUCUACCCAAUUGGAGGCUGGCCCCAAGUUCCGAGAUAUCAGCUACUUGGACAAGUAUGCUAUGGAACGUUGGGAGUGUGUACUGCACUAUAUGGUCGGAUCACAACAGCAAGAGGGCAUCUCUGUCGAUGCUGUUCGCAUUCUGCUACAUGCUGGACUCAUGAAGAGAGACGAAGAUGAUGGAAGUCCUGUUAUCACCAGAGAGGGGUUUCAGUUCCUGCUGCUGGACACCCCAGCACAAGUUUGGUAUUUUAUCCUCCAGUACCUGGAUACUGUUGAGGCCCGAGGCCUGGACCUGGUAGAGUGUCUCACAUUUCUCUUCCAGCUCAGUUUCAGUACCUUGGGCAAGGAUUACAGCACUGAGGGUAUGAGUGAAGGCCUUCUCAUGUUUCUUCAACAUCUUCGAGAAUUUGGUCUUGUUUAUCAACGCAAGAGGAAAGAGAAAAGGUUCUACCCUACAAGGUUGGCUUUGAACAUGGCAUCAGGACAGACUGGGUCACCCACAGACCUGCAGCGAGAAGGUUAUAUCAUUGUAGAGACAAACUACAGAGUCUACGCGUACACAGAUUCCAAUCUGAAGGUGGCUCUCUUGGCACUUUUCUGUGAGAUGUUGUAUAGGUUUCCAAACUUGGCAGUUGGCAUUUUGACUCGUGACUCAGUGAGAAUGGCGUUGCGUAGUGGUAUCACUGCUCAGCAGAUGGUAGGGUUUCUGCGGCUUCAUGCUCAUCCCCGCAUGCUGGCAGCAGGACCUCCGACCCUCCCUCCCACUGUGGUGGACCAGAUACAGCUUUGGGAGAAUGAGAGGGACAGAUUCAUCUUCACGGAGGGAGUUUUGUACAGCCAGUUCUUGUCACAGGCCGACUUCGACAUCCUGCGUGACUAUGCUCAGGAUCUAGGCGUACUCACAUGGCAGAAUGAUAGAAGGCGAACAAUGGUGGUGACAAAGCAAGGGCAUGAUGAAGUGAAGAAAUUUUGGAAAAGGCACUCAAAAGGAAGCAGUUCCUAAUUACUAUUUAGUUAAUAAUUGUAUUAUUAAUAGUUAUUAUUUAUAAUUUGAAAGGAGUUUUGUAUAUAUUUUCGUAUUAAAUACAUGUAUAAAUAUGUACAUUAUGA